CCCACUGGGAUCCAGCGAUCGUUCCGCCUCAGCCUUCCAAGUAGCAGGAAUUACAGGUAUUUCAUGCAUGGGGUUUGUAAGGAAGGAGAUAACUGUCGCUACUCCCAUGACCUCUCUGACAGUCCGUAUGGUGUAGUGUGCAAGUAUUUUCAGCGAGGGUACUGUAUUUAUGGAGACCGCUGCAGAUAUGAACAUAGCAAGCCAUUGAAACAGGAAGAAGCAACUGCUACAGAUCUAACUACAAAGUCCUCGCUUGCUGCUUCCUCAAGUCUCCCAUCAGUAGUCGGGCCACUUGGUGAAAUGAAUACAGGAGAAGCUGAGUCAAGAAAUUCAAACUUUGCAACUGUAGGAGCAGGUUCAGAGGACUGGGUGAAUGCCAUUGAGUUUGUUCCUGGGCAACCCUACUGCGGCCGUACUGCCCCUUCCUGCACUGAAGCACCCCUGCAGGGCUCAGUGACCAAGGAAGAAUCAGAGAAAGAGCAACCCGCUGUGGAAACAAAGAAGCAGCUUUGCCCCUAUGCUGCAGUGGGCGAGUGCCGAUAUGGGGAGAACUGUGUGUAUCUCCACGGAGAUUCAUGUGACAUGUGUGGGCUGCAGGUCCUACAUCCCAUGGAUGCUGCCCAGAGGUCACAGCACAUCAAAUCGUGCAUUGAGGCCCAUGAGAAGGACAUGGAGCUCUCAUUUGCUGUGCAGCGCAGCAAGGACAUGGUGUGUGGGAUCUGCAUGGAGGUGGUGUAUGAGAAAGCCAACCCCAGCGAGCGCCGUUUUGGGAUCCUCUCCAACUGCAACCACACCUACUGUCUCAAGUGUAUUCGCAAGUGGAGGAGUGCUAAGCAAUUUGAGAGCAAGAUCAUAAAGUCCUGCCCAGAAUGCCGGAUCACAUCUAACUUUGUCAUUCCAAGUGAGUACUGGGUGGAGGAGAAAGAAGAGAAGCAGAAACUCAUUCAGAAAUACAAGGAGGCAAUGAGCAACAAGGCGUGCAGGUAUUUUGAUGAAGGACGUGGGAGCUGCCCAUUUGGAGGGAACUGUUUUUACAAGCAUGCGUACCCCGAUGGCCGUAGAGAGGAGCCACAGACACAGAAAGUGGGAACAUCAAGCAGAUACCGGGCCCAACGAAGGAACCACUUCUGGGAGCUCAUUGAGGAAAGAGAGAACAGCAUCCCCUUUGACACCGAUGAAGAGGUUGUCACCUUUGAGCUGGGCGAGAUGUUGCUUAUGCUUUUGGCUGCAGGUGGGGACGACGAACUGACAGACUCUGAAGACGAGUGGGACUUGUUUCAUGAUGAGCUGGAAGAUUUUUAUGACUUGGACCUAUAGCAUCCUUGUGUGGCGUGUGGAGUGGUCUGCUGAGCCUCAGACAGUAGCUGUCCCCUGUGGUGGUGUGGCAGUGCCUGUGAUCUCUCCUAGGCAGGCCUAUCAACUCCAGGUGCUGUCCUCAUAAUUUUACCCAGGGCCUGUCUUCUCCACCCCUCACCUUUCCCCAAGGAGUGUGUUGUUUUCUCUGUUGAAAAAAGUUACAAAAAUAAAUCUUCAAGUUAGUUUUUUUGUAACAUGAAUUUAACUGUCAGACAGUUAGCGUAGGUUUGUUGCGUCUUCUGUUUCACCCAGAUUGUGUUUAUGGACUUUCACACUCAUUUUGAGGACCCCGGGUUCAAAAGGAAAGCACUGGCUGUGCUCAGGGGUCCAAGAAGAGGAGUGAUGGGUGUAGGGACCUAAGCUGGCGGGUGACUUCUGCUCCGACACAGGAGGUGGAUCCUAGUGGUUUCUGGUGAAAUCUGCACAUCUGUAUUUUACCUGUUCCCUCCCCUGUAAUCCCCACCAUGUGCACUUGUUCUGUGGUUUUGGUCUCUUGUUUAAUUGCACACAAGUAAUACUACUGGGUAACCAGAACCAGGUGCGAAUGUGUUGAGCUUUCUACUGUGUUUUGCAUGAUCAGAAAAUUGCAAGAAGACGUAAGAGGCAUAGGGUCAUCAGAUCAGUGCAGAGUCGGAAGGCGUCUCCCAGGGCUGACUUGGUGUGUGAGUGAGUGUGCGUGAGAAGCUUCUCAUCCCUGCCUAGAUGAGUAUUCUUAGCCUCAGUAGAGAAACAUGGUUUAGUGGUUUAAGCCUUGUGUGGCUAAUAGAUCUUAAAGGACAAAGCAGUAUCUCGGUAGUUGUUAAUAUAGCAGUGCUAGCUCUGUCUGCCUACAUCAAUAGAGAAAUGGCCUUCUCCGUAGAGGUUAAAACUAUCUGGUUCUCCCAUAUAUUAACACAAACUGGGUCUCGGAUACACAGUUGUAUUUAAUGUUUUAUGAUCUAGUCUUUUCCAGUUCAGGCACUUUUGGCAAAACCUUUGUCUUCACUCGAGGCAUUUGUUGUCAGGUUUUGUUUGUUUGUGGGUAUUUGCCUCUUUCCACCCAUGAGCUUUCAGGUAGACCGAAGUGAUUUGGAGCUACAUUCUAAGGUGUUUAUUGUAGUGGAGUCAUGGGUUGAGUCACAUUUUCCCACUGAAGGGUAGGUGAUCAUCUGCCAGACAGCUGGAGUUAAGUGGAAGGAUGCCUUGACGGGAAUUUCUCCCUCACGUCUGUUGCUCUGUCUCCUGAACGUAACGUGGAGCUCUCUUGGUUUCUCCAUCUACUGCUUUGAUUCCCUGGAUCACUCAUUCUUCACUUUAAGAAAAACAAGUAAUUGUUGCAGAGGUCUCUGUAUUUUGCAGCUGCCCUUUUGUAAGAAGCACUUUUCCCAAAUAAAAGAAUUUAAAAAAAUAA